AUGCCUGACCAAUAUGCUCCACGGUCCAUUGCGACGCAGUCCAUUCGUGCCUCCUCUCCUCCUCCAGGACCCCUUCUCGACCAUUCACAUCUUCGCCCCGGCAACCAAGCCGCCUUGCUAUCCCAUGAACGUACCCUUGAACUAUACCGCGCAAACGCCAAGAAGACCCAGGAUCCAGAUCUCCAAUUCGAAUUUGCCGUUUUCAUGAUAGACGCCUCCAAAUCCCUGCCGAUACCAGAAAAUAUACCAGGAAACCUUCUACAGGUGGAGAAGGCGAUGGAAAAACGUGAAGACCUCGUAAAGGAAGCGACUGGCUUGCUAAAACGCCUCGCGGAUCGUGGUCAUUCACCUUCACAAUAUUUCUUGGCAGACUGCUUCGCAAAUGGCAUUGGGACGACGAAGGGGAGGCAAGAUUUCGAUCGAGCAUAUCCUCUAUUUGUUCUGGCUGCGAAGCAUGGCCAUGCAGAUGCGGCUUACCGUGCCGGGACAUGCUGCGAAAACGGCUGGGGAUGCAGACGGGAGUCAGCAAAGGCAGUCACUUUUUUCCGGAAAGCUGCAGCAGCAUUACAUCCUGGUGCGAUGUAUCGGUUGGGUAUUGCAGAGCUCAACGGGGAGCUCGGCUUGUCGCGAAGUCCAAAGGAAGGGGUCAAAUGGCUAAAGAGGAGUGCGGAACAGGCUACGGCCGAGUUCCCUCAUGCCUUGCAUGAGUUGGCUUUGCUACACGAGCGGGGAAUCGACAAUGUGGUCUUCGUGGAUUAUGAAUACUCUAUCGAGCUUCUGGCACAAGCUGCUGAGCUCGGCUAUGCGCCGAGCGCUUAUCGACUAGGUGAAUGCUACGAGUAUGGGAAAAACGGUUGCCCGAGUGAUCCUGCAUUAUCUAUUCAUUAUUAUAACAUUGCUGCACAACAAAAUCAUCGGGACGCUUGUUUUGCGCUAACCGCUUGGUAUCUUGUCGGAUCACCCGGUGUGUUACCCCAGUCAGACACAGAAGCAUUUUUGUGGGCCCAAAAGGCAGCAGAAGCCGGCCUCGCUAAAGCUAUGUAUGCCGUCGGAUACUUUACUGAAGUGGGAAUAGGGACACAAGCCGAUAUGUCACAGGCUGUAACUUGGUACAAGAAAGCGGCAGAACUUGGUGAUAAGCGAGCGUCACAACGGUUAAAGGGCCCUACGACUUCACCGAUGCCUCAGCCCGGAGGUCCUGGCUCCGUUUUAAAUCGCGGAGCCUUUGACCCGAGCGACAUUGGUACCUCUGGCAAGGGGAAAGACAAGGAGUGCCUAAUAAUGUAA